AUGAAAAAAUCCUGGCAUCCGCUCUUGAUUAAAAAUCAAGAACGGGUGUGGAAGGAAGAGCAGAAGGCUCUGGAGGAGCAAAAGAAGUUGGCUCAAUUGAAGAAGGAAAAAGAAGAGGAAAGGCAACUUCAAGAAUUAAGAAAGUUGCAAGAGUCCGCUGGUGGAAGGAAAGGUCCUGAAAGACUUGACUGGAUGUACGCUGCGGGUCCCAAUCAGUCGGCUUCUGCAAAGGCUCAGGAGUUGGAAGAUUUCUUGCUUGGAAAAAAACGUGUAGACUCACUUGUUGAUAACGGCACUUCUUUGAGCAAGCUUUCGGCAAAUUCAAAGGAUGUCUUUAUAGACGCAACAAACCCUAAUGCUAACUCGUAUAGAGAUACUCAAACAAAAAUUCGCGAAGAUCCCCUGCUUGCCAUAAAGAAAACUGAGCAAGCUAAUAUUAAGGCUAUAGUCACUAAUCCCCUUAAAUUAAAAAAACUCAAAGAGUCCAAGAACGGUGAUAAAAGUCGUCGUCAUAAGACAAAACCUGGUGAUGAUUUAUUAAAUAAUACUAGGGAAGCAGUCAAGCAUGGUCGAUCGAAGAGAUCUCGAUCUCGUAGUUUGUCACGCUCACGCUCACGUUCUCGGGAAAGAUAUUAUGAUAGACGGCAAUCCGAAUCAUUACGCCUAAAUGGAUAUGAUAAUUCACAAAAAGAUGACUACGCACGCAAAAAACGAAAUGGUGACAGCCGUUACGACAAAUUCGAAUCGUUCGAACGUCGAAGAUCCUCUUCACCUCCAAGAAAACGAAACCGACGUGGCAGCCCUUCCCCUCAACCUCGAGGGAAUUCAACAUAUAUAAGAGAUGAAUCCUCAACAAAAAAAAGCAAUCAAUUUAAAAAUUUUCAUAAAGAUCAUCGAAACCAUAAUGAAAAUAACAAGAGUUCUCUUAAUAAUGAAGCACAAAGAAAAUUACAAGAGAUGAUGGAAAAUGCUAAGAGGCUUGAAGAUGAACGUAAAAGUCGUCUUGAAAAGAUUAAUAGAGAGGAAAAAGAGGAAGAAAAUCGAUUAGCUGAAGAGAAGAGGAAGACGGUUGAGAAGGGAAUACAUUCGGGUUAUUUAAAGCAAGCAUACAAAGACGUAUAUUCAUCAAAUUCGUCGUUUGAUUUGGGAGAACGAGUUCGUAGGCAUCGUGGUACAAUGCAGAAAGCUUAUGGGGAAUAA